AUGGCGGCGGCGGCAGAGACAGGGCAAGCGGUGGCCCCGAGCGGAAAGCGCCGGAGGGGCCACCGCCGCUCGGCUUCGGAUCCCCGGACCCCGGAGCGGCUCGCGGCGGGACCAUGGCUUCCUGGGGCUCUUACCUGCCCGGAGCGGACUCGAGGGGACGCGGCUACACGUUCUGCUCGACCUCCCGUUUUGCCGCCUCCGCCUCGCCCUCCCCAGCGCCGCUGCCGCCAUCUUGUGUCCCGGGCCGGGACUCCGCGCUGCGCAUGCGCUGGUACCGCCUCUGAGGGACCUCGCCGCUGCCGCGCCGCCAUCUUGAUUGCGGGGCAGGGCCUCGCUAAGAGCUCAGGCCGGCCACGAAAGUCAGCCCAGCGCGAGGUGCAGUUGCUAGGUGCCCCACGCCCGGCGCCCUGCCGGGUUCUGGGCGAGGGGCGGGCCGACUCGCUGGCUCCGCCUCCCGCCUCCCGCCUCCCGCCGGCCGCCUCGCUGAACUGA